UAAUACGAUUAAACAAUUCGAGAAAGACCUUCGUCACCCUUGGUUGAAUCGACAUAGUUCUCUGAAAUUUACUUCAGUUUGUAAAUAUAUGUACUUGUUAUAAUGUUUACUCGACUCAAUUCGAUCUGUUUGCUGUUAGCAUCACUGUUAAGCAGUUUCCUCGCGGUACAUAACCUGAACAACUUCACUGAUGACCCACAAUUAAAGGAUGGGCCGGUUGUUGUCAGGGCAGAAGAAGGCAGCCCUCUUAGACUGCGGUGCACCUUCACUUCUGAUGCGUUGCAGGAUGUGUGGUUCAAAGACUACAAAAUCCUUAACACGAGCAAAUCAGAACAUUUAAUAGUCAAAAGAAGGAAAAAGAAAAACGGAAAAAGGAUGUCAGUGCUUGUGUUCUCGGAAAUCUCCCGCAGGGACAAAGGGUUGUAUCUAUGUGUACUCCAAAAGAAAGUACAAGCAGCCUGGAAAGUUACCAUGACAGAUCAAGAUGGCCGCCAGAACAGGAAGGCAAAAGAUCUGGAUCCUCCAUGUGGAAAGCCCAGAAGACAAAACUUUACUCUCUGUGGGACAUCUUUAUUUCAAAACUGCUCAUCGUUCCCUGCUGCCCCAAGCAACGUGAAGGCAAAAGUACUUAUAACUAAGGAUAUGAAGCCACUGAUUCGGUUAACGUGGGAUCCGCCUGAAAUAGGCAAAGCAGACUUGUGGGGUUAUGAAGUUAAUAUCGUCAGCAAUUAUAAUCACGCAGGGCACCAGGAGUGUUAUCAGAUCAACUCGGUAUCUAUCACAGAAUUCAAUUUUUCUGGUUUGAACUACGAAUCUGAAUACGAAGUUCGUGUUCAGAGCUUGCCGGCGUACGACCGGAAUCAAAAGAGAAACCUAAAGAAAGUCUAUUUGUAUUUGGACACGUGCAAGUUUGACGCGUGGAAAGACCUGGAGGUUUGCUGUAUCGUCACCAAUAUGUCAGCUCAGUAUAACAAGUCAAGCGGAUCGAUAGAAGUGACAUGGGAUACAUGGUGUAACAAAGAAAGUCUUGCGGGGGCCGAGAUCCUAUGGGCUAGUAUACAGGACACGCAAAAAUGCCACGGAAGUAAGAUAGUCAUGAAAUCGACAAACUGUGCCAUCAAGCUUCCGAAACAUUGCCAACAGUUUAACUACUCUGUGCGCGCUUACGGUGUCACCCAUGACAACAAGACAACUAUCCACGACCAACGUGUCUUCGUCAAUAUUCCUCCAACAGUUCUCACAGUUGUUUCUACCGCCGAACCAGACACGAAUACCCCGCACAUAAUAGCGAUACUCGCUGGAGGAAUAGCAGGAGUGGUAAUGGCGCUAGCCUUGGUGUACUUCAUUUACAAGAAGUACUACAAUAUCAUUUAUAUUGAGCUUCCUGGAGGCCAGGAUUACAAUAAUCCCCAUCAAGAAGAGUUAGAAGAUAACCUUAUCCAUAAUCAUGCCCCUCUGCGUCGCGUGUUUCUUCAACACACGCCGUGCUGUGAGAAGUGCGACUGUGUCAUCACGUGUAUGGGCAUGAUGCUAAACUCAACCGGCCUCGUAAACGCGCGCGCGGAUCUCUGGUGCCAACAGGAGAUCACGCGUGGUGUCACAAACUGGUACGAGGCGGAAGUGCGACAGGCAGACUGCGUAGUGGUCAUUGCUAGCAGAAAAACACCACGUGACGCACAGCUUAACGCAAGGCGCACUGAUCAGGAGGACCCUCGCCUGACGAUAAUGCAACUCAACCUGAUACGCGGAGAGCUCUUCCAUCAUCCGAACUCCACGAAGUUCCUACCCUCAUACUUCAUGUACAACGGCGCCGAGAAUAACGUGCCUCAAUUCCUCAAAAAUCGUGUGAUUUUCGAGUUACCAGGAGAUUUAAAUCGUCUGAUGUACAACGUACUAAACAUAGAAAAAUAUCAGCCCCGUCUAUCCCGCAAGAUCUUAUUGCUAGGUGGCGAGGGACACCCUUACGAGAAGGCGAAGGAGGAUCUAGAAAUAGCUAUUGCCAGCGCUGAGACUGAGCAUAGCUUUUAAGAAAUGGUCAGCCAUUACAAGUAUUAUAAAUGUGCACAUAUGCACACUGAAUGAUAGCUACUGACGGAAGCACAUGGCAAAAUAUGUACUCUCUGAUGUCAUCCGACGAGUGCCAUGAGAUGGCAGACUUUCAGCAUGUCAUCUAACUAGGGUAAACAGAACAAAAUGAACAGCUUUCUACCGAGGAAUGCACGCAGAAUUGGCGACACACUAGCUGAUCAUUUGACUUUUGAGUGGCAAAUUCAAGCAAAAAUAAACACAGAAUAAACUGCGCCCGUCAAGGUCCAGAUAAUGACGAAAAAAAAACGAAUAGGCCAUUUCUGACAUUCUGGCUUAUUUGAAAAAGUUGCUUUUUGUUGUUGUUAUUUUGCUGCUAAAAGCAUGGGCGUGCUAGCUUGCUGCCCAAAAAGUCACGUGAUCUGCAAGUAGUAUUGGACUUGGCGGUUCCGACGCAUUUCGGUAAAAAUGCGUUAGAACCAAGCCAAGUCUAUACUACUCACCAGAGGACGGAUUCCAUAAUAUGGUAACAGUAUAUGUUGUUUUCAUAUUUUUUAAUAAAUUAGUGGAUUCCAUAAUAUGGUAACAGUAUAUGUUGUUUUCAUAUUUUUGAAUAAAUUAGUGGAUUCCA